CACGCGGAUCGGGUAGCGACAUUAGUGUUCGUCGGGCCCUUCUAGAGAAGACGUUGCUGGAAAGAGACGAGAGAUAACAAAAGCUGCCAUUUCCAGUAAUAGCUGAACAACAUGGAGGAGAUGUGCCUGCCUGUCCAGGGACGUCCAGAUGUGGGAUAUAAAUGUGAUGAGGGGGUUUCAAAAGAGAUGUGUGAUGAUGAAGAGAAGAAUCUCCUACUGCAGGAGGGCCUCCUUUCCAUGCAAACCAUGGACAUUAAAGAAGAGGACAGAGAGUGGGAAACCGCUUACCUUCAGCAGGCAAGUCGCAGCAUUAAAGAGGAGGAUUAUGAAAGGGUGACUGUUGAUAUUAAAACAGACCCUGAGUCUACAUCUCACAUCACCAACGUAUGGAAGGAUGAAGUCAUAAAUGGUAUAAAGGAAGAAGAAGACCUUAAAUCAGAGUCUGACUUUCAGGCUUUUUAUCUAGACACACAGAAUCCUGGAUUAGACUUCACACCCAGCAGCAGCUCUCUACAGCAUCAUUUUGACCCGGUGAAGUCAGAAGCUUUGGAAUUUGACAUGGAGAGGUCAGCAGUAGCAUUGGGGUCAGGUGAUUCUGGCACAGCAGAUUUACAAGACGGUGGUUUGUCCUUACCUUUGUUCACUCAGACCUCUGAGGCUAUGAGGAAAAUAACAUCUGGAUCGGGAAAUGGAGCAGCAGAUCCUUUGAAGGGAACUUCUGUGCCUGUGGUGAGGUUAACAAAGACGGACGCAAUCGGUGCUCAACUACCGGUAUAUAAUGCGGUAUCAUUAGCUUCAUUGGUCAGUCAGAAAAGGAGAAGUAGUAAGCGCUUUUUAUGCACAGUUAAAUACAAAGAGAAGGAAAGUUGUGCAGUGCCUAAGCUGUAUUGUCUUAAAUGUGGCAAAAAAUUCUCCAGCCAAAGUAGUCUUAACAAACAUGCAAGAAUUCACACUGGAGAGAAGCGAUUUUGCUGCUCUGAAUGUGGCAAACACUUCUUCAGCCGAUGGCAACUUGUGAUUCACACAAGGUUUCACACCGGCGAGAAGCCGUAUGGCUGUUUUGAAUGUAAUAAACGAUUCACUAAUCGUAGCUCACUUCAGAUGCACAGGAUAUUUCACAGUGGAGAAAAGCCGCAUCACUGUUCUCAGUGUGACAAACGAUUCGCCACCAUUUCCCAUCUUCGAAUUCACACAAGACGUCACACUGGAGAGAAACCAUAUGGCUGUUCUGAAUGUGGAAAACAAUUCUUGUGCAAGAGUAGUCUUGAGAUCCAUACAAGAAUUCACACUGGAGAGAAGCCCUAUCAGUGUUCUGAAUGUAACAAACGAUUUUACACCCGUGCCCAUCUUAAGAUUCAUACAAGAGUUCACACUGGAGAGAAGCCGUAUCAGUGUUCUGAAUGUGACAAACGAUUCACCACCAGCAGCUCUCUUCGGAUGCACUCAAGACUUCACUCAGGAGAUAAGGUAUAUUACUGUUCUGAAUGUGACAAACAAUUCACCACCAGUACCUAUCUUCGGAAGCACAUCCGACUUCACACUGGAGAAAAGCCAUAUCACUGUUCUGAAUGUGGCAAACGAUUCACUACCAGCAGCUCUCUUCGGAUGCACACAAGACUUCACACUGGAGAGAAGCCUUAUCACUGUUCUGAAUGUUGCAAACGAUUUACAACUAGCAGCUCCCUUCAGAUGCAUAUAAGACUUCAUACUGGAGAGAAGCCAUAUCAAUGUUCUGAAUGUGACAAACAAUUCACCACCAGUGCCUGGCUUCGGAAGCACACAAGGCUUCACACUGGAGAGAAGCUGUAUCACUGUCCUGAAUGUGACAAACAAUUUAUCGCCAGUUGGCAACUUGAGAUUCACACAAGACUUCACACUGGGGAGAAGCCAUAUUACUGUCCUGAAUGUGGCAAACGAUUCAACUAUAAGGGGAGUCUCAUUAGACACACUAGAAUUCAUUUAGGACAAAAACUGUUUCACUGUUUUGAAUGUGACAAGCAAUUCUCGAGUAGUAGCUAUCUUGAGAUACAUAAAGCAAUUCACACUGGAGAGAAACCAUAUUGCUGUUCCGUUUGUGCCAAACGAUUUUCCACUAGUAAGCAUCUUAAAAUACACACAACAAUGCAUCUUAAAAUACACACUGGAGAGGAGCCCAGACAGAAACUAUAUGGCUGUUCUGAAUGUGGCAAACAAUUCUCAAGUAGUAGCUAUCUUAAGGUACAUAAAACAAUUCACACUGGAGAGAAGCCAUAUUGUUGUUCUGAAUGUGGCAAGCGAUUUGCCACUAGAAAGUAUCUUAAAAUACACUCGACGGUUCACACAGGAGAGAAGCCAUAUGGCUGUACCGAAUGUGGCAAGCAGUUCUCUACCAAGGGAAGUCUCAUCAGACACACUAGAAUUCACACUGGAGAAAAGCCUUUUUGCUGCUCACAAUGUGAGAAGCAGUUCUCUACCAAUAGCAGUCUUGCAAGACACAUUCGAUUUCACAACCGAGAGCCCUUCUCCUGUGCCGAAUGUGACCGGCAAUUCUCUACAAAGAACAGUCUCGUGAGACACACUAAAUUCCACACUGGCGUAAAAACCCUUUAGCUGUUCAGUAUGUGACAAGCAAUACAGUACUCGGAGAAGUCUUAUGAAGCAUGCUAGAAUUCACACUGGAGAAGAUCAUAAGAUGAAAGAAGGU